UCUUCCCUUGCCCAACCAAAUUGCAGUUCCUUCACACAUCAACGUACCCAAUACAUGUCUGCGCCUAGCGACUACAAGCUCUCCUCUCAGGAUUCUUUGCCGCAGCUCGACUACAUCGAGGGCAGUUCCAAUCAAGUCUUAAGCUUUCAAAAUGCCAAUUCGCGGCGGUUUACCGUCAAUGAUGAGCAAGGGCACGCGAGCGGAACCGAAUGGGAAUGGUGGAGUCGUGAGAAUCGAAAAGGUCGACAUAUCCUCCUUCUUACCCACGCUCAAGCGCCCUCGCGUACCGCCCACACAACACGCCUCCUUCGAGCGUUUGCCCGAAUGCUUACAGUCGUAGCCUGGUGGGAUGUGUCAUGGUGGAUUGGCAUCGUCUUCUCUAUUGGCUCCAUGUGCUCCAUAACGGCCGGUCUUCUCCAAUGGCUCCCGAUCGCAUACCCAGACGCGUCAUUUGGUGCCGACCCCUCCAUCAUCAGCGGCGUAGUAUCCUUCAUCCGUGGCAUGCUGUUUCUGCUGGGUGGCAUGCUCCUCGUCGUCGAAGCCGUAAACGCAAACCAAAGCGACUGUUUUGGUUGGGCACUAAAGGGAGCCCUGAAUUCUGAUGGCGAGAAUGUCGACCGCGCUUCUGCCGACGAAGAGAAGGGCACAAAUAGCUCUGACUUCCAACCUGACCUUCGAAACUGCACACAUAUUCACAAUCCUGACCGCAUGAAGCACCGGAUAAUGCACACAAAGACAUUUAGAGUCGAAGCUCGUCCCAAGUCGGGACCCGAGCAGACCUGGAAAUGGUGGCCUACGUGGCAGGAUAUUCGCAUUCACUACCGUCGGGAGAUUGGUUUCAACGCCAAUUUCAUCCUCUUUGUUGGGACAGCCAUUUACUGGGUUACAAAUCUGCUCGCCCUACCGGGUAUUUAUGACACCCUCCCACAAGGCGCACUGUACGGGCUCUACUAUCCCUCCUUCCUCCUGGGCGCCAUUUGCUUCUUCAUCGCAUCGAUGCUAUACAUAUUCGAAGUCCAAAGACAGUGGUGGAAGCCCACUCCUAGGAUGAUAGGGUGGUGGGUGGGAAUGACAAACCUGGUUGGCAGUGUAGGAUGGGUAUGGAGUGCUUGUCUGGGAUACUGUAGUUCAACAUGGUGCGAGUACCAGAGCGCACUUGCUCUGGUCUGGGCGCCGACAGUCUAUCUUAUGGGAAACAAGAUGACGCUCCCAGUGGCAGGAAAGUCCGGAAAGGACACACUCGCAUCACGCCUCGAGGACGAGUUCGAGAAACGACCGGACCCAGUGGCUCUAACGCACAACGCUAAUGAGUCGCAAAACAGCUCUUCAGGCGUCGACUAUGAGCCUCACCCAGAGAACUCGAUCAAAUUAGAUCCCGAGCGCGAAAAGAUUGUACAAUCGAUAUGCAACCUCUACUCCGGGAGCGCAAGCGAAGACGACAUGAUGGUGUACGGCAAAGAAGCGGUAUACGAUGAUCCCUGGAGCUACUGCGACACAAGAUACAAGAUCGCGGGCCAGUGGUAUGGCAUUCCCAAACUGAUGAAGAAUAGCCGGACAAUCAAGACGGAAGUGCUUUCGUCGAAGCCUGAUGAGAUUAUUUUCAAGCUACAGCAAGAGUAUACACCCAAGCCUAUGCCUAUCUCGAAGAAGGUCAACAGCCUGAUCACUUUGACGCUGGAUCAGGACGGUAAAGUGCGGUAUCAUAAGGAUAUGUGGAAUGAGAAGGACUAUAGUCAUGAAGGUCUAGGAAAGGUCAUGAAGGAGCUUAAUGGGGAUCAUUUGACAAAGAUUACGAAACCUCCAGCAGAACUAUGA